AUGAUCAUUACUUCGGGAAAAAGGCGGACAAGGUUCAUUGCUGUCGGAAUCCUAUCACUCGUUCUCAUCUUCAUCAUCCAUCUCCUCAAUUUUGCAAACUCCUUUUCCAACCCCGGCGAACUGUCCACAUCGAUGGACGUAAUUGCUUCGUGCACUACCUCUAACUCCAAACACCUUACCGACUCUCAUUCCACUACCGUCCCACAAAUACCCAACGUCGUUCAUCAAAUAUGGAAAACAACCGACCUGAAAACCUACUCGACACAAAUAGACGCAUCACGCGACAGGUGGGAGCACACCCUCGGGCUUCUAAACUACACAAUCAAGCUCUGGACAGACGAAGACAUCCUCCAACUCAUCAAACGGAAAUACCCCUGGCUUCUAUCGACGUAUGAAGCCUACCCCCAAAACAUACAACGUGCCGACAUGGCCAGAUUGCUCGUCAUCCAUGCAGAGGGAGGCAUCUACGCAGAUCUCGACGUCUACCCGACCUCGGCUACUCAAAUACAAUGUCUCCAAAGCCUCAAUCUAGAAGCCAUAUUUGCGCCAACGAGCGGUACCCGCGGACUGAGCAACCAUUUCUUCAUGGCGGAAGCUGAAUCUCCAUUCCUCCAGUGGGCACUAUACGAGGGCAAGCGCCGCGGUGCCCGGAGUGCGGACUAA